AUGGCUUCCACGCCAAUCGACCAGUCACAGACAACUCCAGUGAUUCCGGCGAUUCUGAACUUCGACUCGUCAUUGGUAAACUUAUCAAAAUCAGCUUUCGAUUUGCACCAAAAAUCUGCGAAAAAUCCUUGGAAAAAGUUAUUAGCGUCAGUAGGAAAAAACAUUUCGAAAAGAAGUGCCGUUUCGAAUUGCUGGAACGAUUUGAGAAACCUUGGAAGUUUUAAUUUGGCACAUAAUAUUCUUAACUUUUGAAUAUCCUAAAGAAGUGAGUAUUGUGGCUUCCAACUCAAAAAGUUUUCUUAAAGUCGUCAUUUUCUUUCAAUCUUUUUUUAUGGUCAAUUUGUUUUCAGUCGGAAAUCGAGCAUGGAGACGGGACUGCCGAUGCUGCCGAAGUUCCUGAUGACGAUGAAUCGUUAUAAAAAAAAGGUAUAAAUCCACGGGUCUUCUUUGCAUAUAACUUGUAAAUUUUCAGAUCUUCCCGAGCUGUACCAUGAAGUUUUUUCGUUCAUCCUUUCGUUUAAUUUUCAACACCAGCAUAUAAUCAACAUGGUUUUAACACGCGUUCUCUGAGAAAGUCGAUGAAUCUGAAGCAAAAUAAAAAAAAAGUUUUUUAGAUUUGCCUCAAAAUGUGAUCACGGCUCACACACGUGCUUCUGAUUAUUUAGCACCAGGUUCCAGGUGGCUCCGCCCCUUUUAAAAGAUACUGUAGACAGUAAGCUGAAAAAAAUUAAUUUUUUUCCUGUUGAGAAUUUUCAUUCAAAAACGUUUGGAAAUGUAAGAAAACACUAUUUUGAGUAUUUUUUCAGCUGUAACUUUUUUUCUAACUCGACUUCUUCGGGGAGAAAAAAAUCGAAAUUUCCUCAAAAACAGCGAUUUUUUCAGUUUUUGAGCCAUAACUAGAGUAAGAACUCCCCUAUGGUACAGAGAUACCACUUCGAUUGAAGAAAAUACACAGAAUGAAGAAAAUACACGGAAUGAAGAAAAUACACGGAAUUUAAUCCAUAAAGAUUUUGAGCAAAAACAUUUUUUUAUGUUCUUGAAAAAAAAAGUUUGAAUUUGAUAAAAAGUGAAGAAAAUUAAAGAGGCGAAAAAAAAAGUAAUUAAUAAUAUUAUACGUGAAAAAAAAGAUUGGAGAUGAACUUCUGAGAUGAGAAAGAAAAAUAAACGCGACGAUUUCCGUCCUAAGGAAAGUUAUUCUUGAUCAUUGAGCUAGCUCCGGUAGCAUCUGAACAAGCGCUCUCUCCUACAUCGCCCACCAUGGAAGACAAGUCCCGCGGACAAAAGAAGAUGGAGACGGCCGUUGCAGGUAUAACUCUCAACCAUUUCACAGUAAUCUAAAGGCGCGCUAUUGAAAUUUGCUUUUGUCACAAGAGAGUUCUUCUUGAGUAACCCUAAUCGUUGCAUGGAAGCUAGAAGUGUUGAGAGAAUUUGAGUCCUGAAGUGAGCCCUAGAGUGAAUCUAAAGACGCUCUGACAUCUUACCUACCUUUUAAAACCUAAAGUUUCUUGGACUUGCAUUUUUCAUUCCUAGAUCCCCGUCACACGUUCGUCGUGCCGAUAAAGUCGGAUAAGGUCAACGAAAAUGAGACCGCGACUCUGGAAACAGAACUCAACGUCCAAGACGCCGACGUCGUCUGGUGGCACGAGGGAAAACGGAUCGUUAUAGAUGGAAAGAAGUUGGUAGAAGAUCAAAAGGAAUCUGAAGAAGGAGGGACAUCAAGCUGAAAGUGUUUAGUCAUGUGUUUUUCAGUCGAAAUUCUUGAAAAUUUCGUAAAAAGCCUUUUUUUUCCGUGACAAGAAACUUUUUAGAUGUCUAAAAAUUGGUCUACUUUAGGGCUUGCUGAUUCCAGGGGAAAAACAUUUUCUAGAAAUGUUUCUCAAAGCCAGCCUAGGGCUUGCAAGUUACAUAAAUUCUAGAAAAAAAUGGCAUCCGAAAAUCAUCAAAAAAAUACUCCUAAAAAGGAGAGUCCUUUUUUAUUUUGUGGUCGGAAAUCCUCUGAAAAUCGGCCAGAAUACUUGAACCAAAAGAAGAACUUGAAAGUCUCAACCUGAAUAACUUUUAGUUUUCAAAAAAAAAAAAACAAACUUGAAAGCCUAAAAACAGCCCAUUGAACGAAUUUUGAGUGAUUUCACUGACUUUGAGGUGUUCUUUUCCGAAAACUAGGAAAAUGUUCAGUUUGAUAUUUUCAGGACCUUUAUCUGAUACAUCAAGAAAUAUUCUGACCAAUUUUUAGGAAACUCUCAACCGCGACCUAAAAGCUUGACCAAAAAAAGCCUCCUUAUGAAAAGGAAUGGGCUCAAAAGCACUUUGAGCCCUAAGCAGGCUUGUGCGAGGGCGGGCCCGUCACCCUCCCUGCAAUUGACCGUUUCGUAAGCCCGGCCUUAGCGGGGCCUCACGAAAAAAUGGUCCGCCCGGUCCGAAGCGCGCAAUUUUUUUCUAGUCGGAUAUCGAGUUUUACGACAAAAAUUACGUUUUUGCUCAUUUUUUCACUUAAAGUUUAACAAAAACUAUGAUUUCAGUAGUAAAAAGUCACAUUUCGGUGAAAAUUUUUUUAAAUGAAAUUUUAAAUUUUUGUUUUGAAGGGGAUUCUUUUUGGGGUUUUUGUGAAAAUGAGGCCCAAAGCCCGGCCUGACGCACAAGUCUGGCCCUAAGUUACUUUUAGCUUAGGAACCAACUUUUAAAAUAGAACUAACUUGACAACAAAAAAAAAUAAUUUCAGAUACGUGGUGGAAGUGUCGAAUUUCAAGCGGCUGUUGAUUAUCAACAGCUCGCAAAUCGAAGACUGCGGCGAAUAUUGGUGUACCACCAAAGAUGACAAAACCACGACUAAACUCAUCGUUGAUUGUCUGAAAAUCCCGAAAAAUCAACGAAAAAUGAGAUUUUCCAGCGCUGGAUGAAAAUUUCGUCGUUAAGCCGGAUGAUAACAAAAAGUUCACGAAAACGGCCGGUGUCUGGUUCGGAAAUGGAAAGAAGAAAAGUCUCACGCCUGGUGAGAGUAAAGGGAAAUCGAGAGAAAAAUUGAUUUUUUUUUAGAUUUGAAAGGAUUUUAAGGUUUUUGCUUUAUAUAAAGCUAUAAAAUUUAGACACGAAUCUUUUUGCCAACAAAAAUUCUAAAGUUCAAUUUUGAACUCAAGUAGUAGAACUGAAAACAACUUCACCUACUUAUCCAGGUGGCAAGGUGGAGACGCGAACGGGGAACGAAACGAACACCCUGCAUAUUUACAAAGAAGAGAUGGAAGAGGCCGACGUCUACGGAAUCGACCAGGCCGACCUGCGCGGCUCGACCAACGUCUUCGCCCAGGAGGCCGAAAAACAGAAGGCGUACACUUUUCAAAAAAAUGGCAUCGAGGCGAAGGGUGGCGAGUCGCGCGCUGUCGAAGUCCCCUUCCAGAUCGAGGAAAAAAAAAAUGGGAGAUCCAAAGGCGGAGAUCCUGAGAAACGGCAAAUCGUUUGAUGGAAAGACGAAGGGCCUCGGCGAGGUCGUCAACAAGUACGACGCCCAAAUCGUUUGCAUAGACCCGCAGGUGAGGAACAGCGUUGGCAAGAAGUACAGAUUGUAGGAAAGCAACGGGAAAACCUCAAGGACGCUAACUUAUAAUCGUAGAACUAAAUUUUGUAAAAAAUCGAAAAAAGUCUAUGAGUACGUAGAUUAGGAAAUUGACAAAAAAGGUCAAAAAUAGAAGUUUCUAGUGAAAAAUUUUGUAAGAAAGUGAAAAAAUCAAACAGAAAAUGAUCGAAAAAUGUUCUCAGUACUCUCCAAACGUACUUUGUAACGUUUGAAGUUCAAAGAGAAGUUAAUAUAUCUCGAUCUUUUCGUUAUUUUUCCUUUCUUCUUGGCUUUUUUUUUCCAAUCAAAUCCUUUACUCCAGCUCGCCGACACCGGAAAACGCGCCAUGGAGCAAGGUUAUUCGGCAGGAACCGCCUCGGCGCCCUCUGAACUUUUCGUCGACGACCAGUCGCAACCACCGAAAGGACCACUUGAGACGACUAACAUGAGGGCGGAAAGCGGUGACAUCAUCUGGAGCACCCGGGAUAAUUCUGAAGAGGCCCCUAAGAAGGCAUAUAUCGUUGAAGUCGAGCAAGGCCAAAAUGGCCAGUGGAAGAAGAUUGACAAGAUCAAGGGAACCGAUUUGAGUAAGCCCCUAGAGUAGAUCUGACGGAGCACGCUUCAAAUUAGCACGGGACAAAAGUUCUACUUUUCAGUAAAACUAAUCAUCGCAUGAAAGCUAGAAGAAUUGAGAAGAGCUCAGUCCAUGAGUGAUCACUAGAGUAUUCUCCAAAAACUAAGAGCUAGGACAAAAUAUGAAUAAUGGCAGUAUCCUCUAUCGAAUAGUACAAGGAACAUUUUUUCGAACUGUAUUCAAAAAUGGCUUGCUGUCUUCAACUUUGUCGCAAUUUAUGCGCACCUUUACAACUAUUGGGAUCACUUCAACGGCUGAGAGGCGUUCUCAGCAGCCCGACUGAAAACUUUGUCGAAAAAAAUGAUUUCUCAAUUUAUAGGGUCUGUAGAAGGCAUGGAAAGCGCGACGCGCAAAAAUUCAAGUUACUGGGUCAUCCAAGGAGCCAGUUCGUUUCAAGUUUCUUAACACGUAGUUCUUGAAAAAUGAAACUGAAGAUUGUUCUGAAAUAUCGUUUCUUGUUUUUUUGUAAGGCUCAUACAUUUUUAAUGAAAGAAAUUUUUAAGAGAAGACGUUCGUUUCGGUUUUUGAAGGAGUUUUCCGACUCAAAAGUGGAUCGGAAAUCCUUCCGAGUGCCCCAUGUGAACUCACAAGUCCGAACCAACCCAAUGGCAGUAUCCAGAAACCAAAAGAAGAGAACGGUAGAUCAUUUUAAUUGAUUACGAAAAGUCUGCGUUUUUUGUUGUUAUUGGAAAAGAGGUCAAAAAGUCAAGACCCUCCUCGAAUGCUGAGCAGGGUAACCCAGCGGUGCUAACACGGGGUUUCAGCGGGUGCCCCCGUAUUAAACCCGUAUAAGCCCAACUGAGAACUGGUAGAACUUUUGGCAGUUUUUAGCCCAACUGAGACUCCGUUUUAGCACAGCUGGGUUACAUAUUUCUCUUACACCCGUUGUUCCCCCGUUUCAGCCCAACUGAGACUAAAAAUAACCUCAGAAACACGGGUUUAAUACGGGUACACCCGUUGAGACACCUGCUCAGCAUGCGAGUCUAGUUCUCCAAGGUGUCAGCGAAAACUCAACCGAUUUUCAAAACUUUCAACUUGCAAUAUUAUGAGUUCGAAUUCAGUUUCUUUUGAGUCAAUCCUGCAUAAGGAGUUUUGUAGGCCCUCCAGGCUACGAAAUAGAGGGAAGUGAAACGGCGCACAGCGCAACGACCCAAAAGAUGGAAACGAAAAAUGAAGAACGCGAGAAACUUUUGUCCAAGAACACUACCGCCGAAGCAGCGAAGACGCUCUCUACGGAAAACAGGAAGAACCUGAUCGCAAAAAGGGAUAGUAAGCGUUAUUUUUCUUUUCUUCCCUAAUCAAUAAUGAAACUCAAGUUAUUCAAACUUUUAAACGAUACUUCUCCUCUAUUUAUCGGAGAAUCGAUUUUAACGUUCUUCAUUAAAUUUUGGAGCGCAGUGAGCUCGUUGAGCUUCACACUGGUCUAUAAUGAAUUAUACCUGCAAUUUAUAAUUCAGUUGAAAUUUUUUUCAAAACUUCUGCUAGUUUUCUUAUGAAAAAUCUUCAUUCAUCGAUUCAUUCUAACAAACAGGAUUUAAAAGAAACUUAACGGUAGAAGUUAUUAUUGGAAACACUUUCGAAAAUUCAUGCGAAUAAGCAGGAACUGAGCAAUCAGUCUGGUAAAAGUUGACCUCAUUAUAGUAUAGAUUUAUUAAAAAAAGGAAGAAAAAAAUAAUUUUCUAUAGUAUCUACAUAAGCACUUUUUUUAUCCGCUCCACCUCUACUGCUAAAGAUACCAAAUUUUCGAAAAAGUAGAUUUCUCAAUUUUUUUUUCUUGCGAUUCUAUAUUCUAUUUACAGAAGAUGACUUACAUCAGAUUAUUGUUCCGGAAAGGGAAGAAAGAAUAGCCAAAAAAGAUGACGAAAGUUUUCUGGAAAAUCUUUAUUUUUUCCAUGGGUAAGCUUUCAUUGAAUGCUUAUCAAAAUCGGCUACCUCCAGCUUCCUGCCACAGAUAGAAACCAUUAUGUUUAUAAAACGAGGGGGAGAUUUUUUGUUGAGAAAGUGGGAAGGUGAAGCAAAUUGGAAGUACAAACUACUUGAUAAAGUUAUUCAGACGAAGGACAAGAUUUUCUUGUGGUGUCGGUCGGCGUCUUGUUGGACUACACAAGAGAUGGGAGUGAAGGUGAUUUUUAUGGUUUUAAACUUUUUGCAAGUCAAAUUCAGCGGUUAAAAAAAUUGAGUUUUUUUAAACUUUAGAAAAAUAAUAGAUAUUCUUCAUUGAUAUUUUUCUCUUCUAGCGUCUUUUAAGCUCGAGUUUUGACAGUUUCAAUCAAAGUUCUUAUCCCACAAUCCCCAUCCCGUCCGAAUUCCAGAUUUGGAUAAAAAUUACGGGAAAGAAGAACCGGUCAGGAUAAACGACCAUAUUGUUCACCGCAAUAGCACUGGAGUAUUUAUCGACGAAGAGAUUACAUUCGACUGUUUGGAGGACAUGUUAGGCUACUAUAUAUUCCAUCCCAACAAGGUAAACGUUAUUGAUAAGAAAGAUAAGCAUGAUUCUGGAGAAAGAUAGAGUGGCGGAACACAACACCAGGUAAAAUUUGGGAAGCUCCUGCUUUCGGUUCCUCGGAAGUCGUUUGGAAGAUUUCCAGCAAGUUCCAAAUAGCUCCCCAACACCUUCUACUCAGAAAAAAAAAGUUCGCCGGAAGUCUCCCACAAGCAUUCCAGCAGGCAUUUUCAUUUUCACCUUCCAAAGGCUUUCAUAAGACCUUCUGGGUUCUAUACACCUUUCAACCUCCUACUGGUUACCUUCCAACAUCUUCCCAGGACUUGCCUAAGAUAUCAAAAAAAAAAGAAGCGUUUUCCUAAGUUUCAAAUGAAGAACGAGUAGUUGAAUUCGCUCUUAUUGAAAAUGAAAAGGUAUAAAUUUCAGGCGUCGUUGUCGAUACAACUAAAGCGGGCUUGCCCAAAGCGCGUCUUUCAAUUCAGCGCGAACGAGAUCGAGAAAAAAAAAACC